AUGGAUGAGCUCGUCCCGUACGAGCGCGCGCGCGAGCGAAACAUCGCGCGGAACCGGGAGAUCAUGCUCGCGCUAGGUCUCACGAAGCACGACGCGUGCAUGCACGCCGAGGCGAGCGGGAGCGGGCGCGAUGGGACGAAAAAGAUGAAGAGUUUGAAAACAGUUGGAGCGAACGAGGACACGAAACGAAUCGCGGACGCGUCCACGCGCGUGCGGCGAUCGACGCGCGCGAGAAACGUCGUAAAGGUUGACGUUACGGAGGAGCGCGUGGACGUGGCCGAGGAGGACGCGGACGCGGACGAGAGCAACGCGGAAUUACAUCGCGCCGCGGCGGAGGCGCACGCGGCGAGAAACGCGGGACGGCAAGGACGCGCCGCGCUCGUCGGUACGGCGUCGUAUCAGCACACGUUGAUGCGAGUUCGAACGAUGCGAGACGAGGAUAAGUUGCGACGAAGGAUGAAGGCGAUAGAGAGCGCGAGAGGGAAGCACGCGGUGACAAAGAUGCGUUUGUUCGCCAGAGUGCUCUUCCUGGAAGGAUACGAGCGUUUAGCGGGUGAGUGCGUGGAAUCGUUGGAGUUUUUGAUCUCUGAGCUCGGUGACCCGGAGGAAGAAGAGAUGGUGAGAGCGCAGGAGGACGUCGCGCGCGAGGCCGCGGCGAACGCGGAGGGAUUCCACUGCGACGCCAAAACGGAUUUGAGCGAUUUGAGCGUUUUCGCCGACGUCACGAGAAUCGAGGCCAAGGCGGCGGAGGGCGAGAACGACGAGAACGACGCGAGAGCCUCCGAGUUCAAGAUUGCCAACGCGAACCGCUGGCAAGCCGCCGCGGCGUCGCUCGCCAGAGCCGACGGAACGCUCCGAGGAAGUGGGAACGUCAUCACGCUGUCCGAAGACGGCGCGUACCACGUCGAGCGCGCGACGUCGGAGAUGAAGCACGCCAUCAAAAAAGCUCGAAAACGAUGA